AUGAGUUCUUUAGCCAUAGCUAUGAAUAAGGGUGCUCUUGAAGGAGGUCUCUUUUUAGUCAGUUGCGGUAUCUUUAAAUUAUGGAUGAGCAAGAGAACAAAUAAUAACACCAAAUCCUUUUCAAAGAUUGAUACUGAUCUUAAAAAUGAAAGAUGCCCAGAUCCUGAAGAUGCUUCUAGAAGUUACAACAUCUAUCCUGAAGAAAAAAUUGUCGUUAGAUUCUUACAUUGA